GUUUGCCCCACAGGAGCACGGCCUGCGCUUGGCCUGUGCCUCCUCAGAUGGCUUGGUCUCAGUGCUCACCUACUCCCAUACCGAUGGCCAGUGGAGACGGAGUGUAAUGCAGGGACACCCUGGCGGUGCCCAAACGGUGAAUUGGGCACCAGUCAGCUACCGGGACGGCGAACCCUGCGGCUCUGUGCGUCUGGCCACAGGGGGCUGUGACCACACGGUGAAGAUUUGGAGAUUUGAGAACGAGGUCUGGUGUGAAGAGAAUCCUCGUUUCCCGUACUGCCACACCGAUUGGGUCCGAGAUGUCGCUUGGCGACCAGACCACUCCAGUGUGCUCGCCACUGGGAGCUGGGAUCAAACGGUGGUGAUUUGGUCUCAAGAGAUGGAAGGCCAAGCAUGGAGGCAGUUGUGUAAACUCCCGGUGAACGGAAAGGUGGAAUGCCUCUCUUGGUCCAUCACCGGUAGCGUGUUGGCAGUCUCCUACGGUGAUGGCAUGUCCAUCAUCUUCAAGGAGGCCUAUGACGGCCAUUUCGAUGAGGUUGGCAAAAUCGAAGAAUCUGGAUACACCGAGGUCCCAGGAAAGCUGUCACCACCAGCCCCAGGUGAUGCUGGGCUUGCUGCACCGGCGGCAGCCAACUCAGAGAUGGCUCAGCAGCAGCAGGCAGUUCUCGAAGCCUUUGGCAUGUGACAGGACCUUUGUGAUGUGCAACGCCUACAAACAGCCGCACCCAAAUCAAUGGGCCAUCAGUGCAGGAUGGUUGCCAGAACGGAUGCCCGAAACACAAAAAGGACAACAGCUUCCUUUCAGCAAAAAAGGGUUUUGUAGCUACUUGAGGCACUG